UUUCGCUAUGGUCCGGUCAUGCUCGGAAAUAUCAAGCAGUCCUUCGUCUCCUGAACGCCUCUUACCUUUAGUAGACAACUUCUUUUCCGAACGUGCUGCUGAUCGAAAACAAGGUCUAGUCGAGCAAUGUCCAAUCUCGGAUCCAGAAUCAUACAUAUUCGGCUGCCCGACCCAAGGAUGCAAGCGCUCCAAUCUAGGAUCAUACUAACAGCGGGUACUUCAAGGUAAUUAGAUCCUCGUACGCUUCAUAUAUCUUUCGAUUUCAGUAUCUUUCAACAUGCACCUACCUCCGCUAGAUGUUGCCGUCUAUCCUGUUGUCACCAUGAGCCACGGGAGACAUGGUGGUAGAUCCACUCGUACUAUGUCUUCAAUCUCUUCAACUUCAUCAUCAUCGUCCACCUCCUCAACCGGAACAGUUACAACCACAACCAACACACCAGACUUCUCUAGUAUUCAAAGGGUCAUCCGAAACGUGUUUCGCUCCUCAAAGAUUACAGUGCAACAAGUUGAGCGACUCCAAGGACGCCUUCACCAGGUCUAUCUCGCCAGGCUUACUGACGGAAGUUCGCUCGUCCUAAAAUGUCCACCACUAUUCAAUACACGAAUGCUCCGUCACGAAAGGCACUCUCUGGAAACGGAGCGGAAGACAAUGGAGACCCUCCGAGAGUACACCCAACUUUCGGUCCCUCAGGUCAUCAAGUAUGACAGUCAGGGUGGCGCUUUAGGAUCACCCUUUCUCAUGAUGAGCUUUCUUCCAGGCCGACGUCUCUCAGAGCUCUCAUCUUUCCUUUCCGCUAGUGAGCGAAAGGUGGUUGAUCGUACCCUCGGAGCUUAUGUCCGCAGUCUUACAGCACUAUCGGCUACCCAGUUUGGCCCGACCCACAGAGUAUUUGCUAAAAAAGGGAGCUCUUCGUGGCGAGAAGCAUUUCUUGCCCUGCUUGAAUCUGCUCUACGCGAUGCUGAGGACAUGCUCGUCACCAUCCCGUACGACAGCAUCCGCUACUACGUAGGACAACAGAGCCAGUGCCUAGACGAGGUUACUGAACCGCGAUUGGUCGCCCUGAACGUUUGUGAUCCACAGAAUGUGCUUCUCGACGAGCGGACCAAGCAGGUGACCGGUCUUGUGGGCUUCUCGAACGUUAUUUGGGGUGAUCCGCUCAUGAGUGGAGGUAUCGCAGACGGUAGCGAGGCUUUCUUUGAGGGCUAUGGCCAGUGUCCGGCUCGAACCGGUGGCGCGAAAGCUAGACAGUCGAUUUAUACUACCUAUAAGGCCGUGGUGCAGGUUGUCUCUCACUAUUAUCGUCCUCACCUGGAAAUUGACGAACUUGACGCCAGGCGAUCCUUAACCUAUGCGCUCAACGACCUCGCUCAAAUGUGAAGCGCUUUGGUCAACUCUCACCUGUACUUGUGCCACAUGUACCACACAUCGAAGCCAGCAGCAGGAGACGAAAUUGUGUCAUCAAACGGCACAACCUCGCUUCAAUUGACGACUCAACGAUGAAUGAAGGAAUCAGCCUGGUGCUGCUCACUUCAUUGACAAGACCCCCUCAUUUGCAUCAGCUUGUUUCUCUUCGUUUCAACACGCGAGCACCGCCAGCCUCACCUUUGCAUGGCACUCUUGGAGAAGCGCUUAACCCCUGUUAACACCACCGUUGUCCGUU